CGAAGCCUCAAUGAGAGAUGAGCUCUAAGGAACUAUUAAAAUGCUAUCUUUAAGAGCUUCCUUGGUUCCUAUUAAAACCAUUUUGAAGUUAUUGAUGCUCCUUCAGUUGGUUCAAUAUGGCGUAUCUCAGAAAGUCGAUUAUGUGGAGUUUUUGCAGGACGCUUAUCAUUCUCUAGAUGUUACAAUCCUAAGCAAAAUCAGAGUCAAGUCUUCCAUGCAGUGUCUAAAAAAUUGCAGAAAAAAUUCAAACUGUCUUUCAUAUAACCUUGGAGCAAAAAAAGACCAGCUAGGAACACUCUGGUGUGAGCUCCUACCCAAUGAUAAGCACAAAAACCUGGAGAAACUUGUGAGAAAUAACAGCUACCAUCACUACAGCAAACCAAGCCUUUGUGUAAAUGCCAUUGAGUAUCCUAACAUCAAAGAAGAUUACAUCUACGUGUGCAACUGUAAACCUGGAUAUACUGGCCUCAAGUGUGAAAUUAACAUCAAUGAGUGUGAGAGCAGCCCUUGUCAAAAUGAUGGCUUUUGCAAAGACGAGAUCAACCGCUAUCGAUGUGAUUGCAAACCUGGAUAUGAUGGAAAAAACUGCGAAACAGAUAUUAACGAGUGUGCUAGUAACCCCUGUCAAAAUGGCUCGUGCAUUAACCUCAUAAACAGGUACGAAUGUGUCUGCACUGAAGGAUUCACUGGAGUAAACUGUGAAACAGACAUCGACGAAUGCCAAAGUUCUCCUUGUCAGUACGGAAGUAGCUGUAUUAACCUCGUCAAUAAUUACACAUGCAUUUGUGUUAAUGGUACCACUGGGCCAAACUGUGAGAUAAAUAUUGAUGAUUGUGGCUCCUCUCCUUGUCUUAACAACGCUACAUGCAUUGACCUUGUCAACAACUAUGCCUGUAGUUGUCAAUCUGGAUUUGAAGGGACUAAUUGUGAAACAGUUUCACCUUGUCCAAGCAAUCUACAGUAUUCGGCAGGUGGCGUGUGCAUGUAUCAAGGUAACGGGCAAUGGCAAGAUGGCUAUGCUGAGUGCAAUAGCAUGUCACUUAACCUACCCUCCAUCCACAGCAAGGAAAUGAACGAUAAGAUAAGAAAUUCAGUUAACAGUUGGUUAUGGAUAGGUUUGAGGUACGUUAAUGACAUAAGUGAAUUUGCAUGGAGCGAUGGUACCGCUUUAGAUUACAGGAAUUGGAAGGACCUCCCGUCCAUUAAAUAUGAAGAUGGUUAUUGUGUGUAUAUGAAGCCUGAAGACAGCGGUUACUGGUUUACCAAUCCUUGUAACUAUGGAAACAAAUACAUUUGCGUAUAGUGCUUAUACUAUAUAAUCA